AGCAGCCGCAGCCGGAGGAGCUCGCCGAGGCCGCCGAAGACGACCAUGGGGUUCUGGGCGACGACGCUCAUCUUCGUCCUCGCCGGCGUCGCCGCAUCCCUCUUCACGCUCCUCUGCUGCAACCGCGGGCCCUCCACAAACCUGUUCCAUUUGACCUUGGUGACUACAGCUGUAAUUUGUUGCUGGAUGAUGUAUGCAAUCGUCUACCUUGCUCAGAUGAAGCCAUUGAUCAACCCCAUUCUGAGCGGAGAGUGAGCGCUGCAUCUGUAUUGAACAGAACGAAAGCGAGACCUGCUGUACCAUUGUUCAGUCCGUGAACUUUAUAUUCAUUUUGGCCCCACCUGAUGAAAUAAAUAAAUAAACUGCCAUGAUUUUUUUGGUGCCACUCUUCACCCGUGAUUAGUGUAUGCAAUUGCAUGAUAUACGCAGUAAUAACAUAUAAAUAUCUAUGUAUCGAUGAUGUGCUUGAAUUGGGGUGUCUCGUGCGCGUUCCCAA